AGACAUUGUAUCUCUCCCCACAGAGAUGGUUGGUGGUUGCCUGAGCUGCUUCUUUACAUACAUUUCUGUGCUCCUUCUCUGGGUUUGCCUCCACGAUGUGGAGACUUCCAGUUGUGAACAAAACAUCAAUAAAAAGGUUGGAGACACCGUGGAGUUGCCGUCAUGCUUACCAGCAGAAGGAGUCACCUUGGCACAGUGGAAACAUGGAGGGUUUAUAAUAAUAGAAGACAAAAAUGUUAAUUUUUCUGGAAAAUUCAAGGGCAGAUUGGAACUAAACCCCACAAGCUUUUAUUUAACAGUGAGACGACUGACUGUCCAAGAUUCUGGUAAUUUCAGUUUUAUCUCAGCGGUGAAAGACGCACAAAGGACUACAGUCACCAUCACUCUGCAUGUUCAUGAGCCCAUAACUGCAGCCACUGUGACUUCCAACUCCACCUGGAACGCAGUCAACGAAUCCUGCACAGUUUUGCUGGAGUGCAGCGGAGCCACUGACAGCAGUGUCACCUACAGCUGGGCCGUGAGGAACCAAACCAUGAGUGGCUCCAGGCUGCGGUACAGCAUCACACCUCAGGACGGAGACACCGGAUUCACCUGCACAAUUUCCAAUUUUGUCAGCGAGAAGUCGACAAUCAAAGCAGUGAUGUGCAGCAACAGUACGUCUGACCCAUCGAAAACAGGCCCAAACUUCCCCAUUCUCCUGGGUGCAGCGGGAGGAGGUUGUCUGAUGAUUGUCGUUAUAGUUGGAGUAGCUGUAUAUGUUUGUCACUGCAAACAAAGUAAAGGAGGAAGUGACACAAAUGUCCCGACAGUGUAUGCUGAGGUUGCGCUUGAGGCUGGGACUUCAUUGACCAUGAAGCCAUGCACACUGUAUGAAACCAUUGAGAACAGAGUCGACACAGUCACACCUGGGCCCCAGACUGUGUACGACAAGAUCCAGUUGAGUCGCAUGAGUAAGGCCUCUGUGUAGCCCUACCAAGAGAUUCCCUAGAGGGUCACAGCACAAUGUACAGUUUACAUGUCCUUUGAGUUAGAAACAGAAGUAGAUCGAUAUUCGUGGUUCAUAAAAUAUGUAUAAAAUAUGUAUGGUUAAUAUCGCGAAGGAAGCGUGCAACACAGUGUCACACUUUUGUACAUUUUCUAUCUUUGGCACCUUUUCCUGAUAUAAGACAAACAUAAAACGUCUAUUAUAUUUUGAGAGCCAAAGAGCUCAAAUUGUAUUAACAGUGUUGUAAAUUGUGUAAAUACAGAGAUUAUAUUUUUAUUUGUAAAAAUGUAUUUGUUUCAGCUUGUGCAAAGGUGGUCAUAUUAAAUUACAUUUACUGUCAUUAAGUCUCUUUUUGCAAGCAUGUUGUUAAAUCGAAGCGUUUUGGGCUGUUAUUUGAAAUGAGACAGCGAUGCCACACAUGAAUAAGCAUUUAUCAGAAUUGUUGGAUUGGAUAGACUUUAAUCUCCCUGAGGGGCAAUUUGGUUUGCAAACAGUAGACAACAUACAAUAGAUAAACACAUUUUUUAAAUACAUACAACAGCAGAUUUUUGACAUGUUUUGCCACAUAUGAAAGCUAACAUAAAUAACUUUUAUCACACCCAACUGUACUAUUUUGUAAAAAAAACAUUUGGUAUAUUGAUAUAAAUUCACGCACCUACUUUAACGAGCGUAACAGUAAAAAAAGUUACUCUUCCACAUCAAUGUAUUUACAAUACUUCAGUCACAAUGGUAACAUGGACAGUAGCAACAACAAAGAGAUUGAGAUUAAACAAAGUCUCAAAAGUGCACUGAGUACAAAAAGUAAUAGUAUAAUAAUAAUAAUAAUACAUUUGAUUUGUAUAGCGCUUUACA